AUGAAGCCCUCUGACCAUGGCAGUCCUCUGCUACGUCGAGCCUCCUCCACGCCUCACUAUCAGACCUUCGGUGGCAUAUCUCCUCCCAAGUCUCGAGGCCGUCCCCUCUCCGAGUCGACCAACUCCUCCAGCAACGACAUCAAUUCUCAUUACGAAAAUGACCGUCACCACGGAUCUUCUCCUCUACCUAAGAAACAGAUGGCCAUUCUGGCGGUGAUAGCUCUAUGCGAACAGACAGCUCUCAACUCAAUAAGUCCCUAUCUGCCGGAUAUGGCGUCGACAUUUCCAGAAGUCAAGCCAGGUCAGGUCGGAGUUUAUGUUGGUCUCAUCGCUUCGGCCUUUGCGCUUGCUCAGUUAGCAACAAAUUUCUUCUGGGGGUGGCUGUCUGAUCGAAUUGGGCGAAAGCCUGUUAUUCUCCUGGGUACAAUAUUCACGGCCGCGUGCUUCAUCGCGUUCGGCUUUUGCAGGACCCUCUGGCAGGCUAUACUGGUACAGGCGUUGAUGGGCCUGUUGAACGGGAAUCAGGGAGUGGUAUCUACGUGCUUGGGUGAGAUCACCGAUCGGAGCAACCAAUCUCAAGCAUUUACAUACCUUCCCGUGAUAUAUGGCAUUGGCGGGAUUACAGGUCCUGUUAUCGGCGGAGUUUUAGUCUCGCAAAGGAACCCGUUCGACAAAUCCAAACCCAACCCAUACCCUUAUUUGCUUCCGAACCUCUUAUCGGCGAGCAUAUUGUGUGUCGAUUUUGUCUUGACAGCACUUUUUCUCGAAGAGUCUCUGGAAGAGGCACACUAUCUUGCCCCUUUAGGCACAAGGAUCAAGAAUUUGUUUGCAUGGAUUUGGGAGUUUACUUCGUCAAGCCGACCGCAUUACUUGCGACGCGGGAGCAAGUCCCCUAGCCAGCACUCGCAGGCAAAUGGCAUUGCCGAUACCUCCGAUGUGGAGGAUGACGAGAGUGACGGAAGCUCUGAAGCCCCCGCGUUCGUGUCCAACGCAGAACAACUCCGCAGCAAGGACGUUCUCAAUCGGGACACUGUGCUUCUUCUGCUAACAUAUCUUAUCUUCCAAUUAUCCAACAUCUCAUUCAACUCGUUGUAUCCCAUCUUUGCGCAGGCAAAGCCACCUACAGGUCGAAAUUUACACCCCGAUGAAAUAGGCCUAUCACUUGCCUUUGCUGGUGUAGUGACAAUCGUCUUCCAAGUCGGGAUUUUCGGUAAGCUUCGCGACAAGAUGGGGAAUAGAUGGGCAUAUAGAACCGGACUAGGUGGUUUUGUCAUCGCCUACCUCCUCAUGCCAUGGGUCGGUUACAAGGACAGCGACAAUGGCGGCGACGCAUUAUCAUCUGGCGCAGUGUGGCUGUGGUUUGAGAUCUGCGUGGUGCUUCUCAUCAAGACUGUGGCAGCGGUCGGGGGUUUGACCAGUGCCCUACUUUUGAUUACCAACUCGGCCCCUAAUCACAAUGUAUUAGGAACGUUGAAUGGCCUGGCGCAAACCUUGUCGGCUGCCGGUCGAGCAGUCGGACCAUUCGUUUCUGGUGGCCUCUUUUCACUGGCUACGAAAGUGCGACCAAAGGGCGAGGCUCUUGCUUUUGGUCUUUUCGGUGGAAUCGCCUUUAUCGGCUUCCUGUUGAGUUUCGGUAUUCGAUCUGCUGAUCUGGAGGCAGAAGGCUGGGAAACCGAAUCUAAUGUCGAUGAUGAUUCCAGCGAUAAAUCAGAGGAGGAGGAAGACAAUUAUCACCACUGA